GAGUGACGUCACGUGACCAUCGAAAACAAAGUAGGAAGUCGAUAUUUUCUCUCGUUUUGUGACAAAUUUGCUGGAAUUCCCGAGCCCUAUGUAUCUUUAAUCAUUACAGCAUAACAACGAUAUAUAGGAGUACAGCAUCAAAUAGUCGAAAUGUCGUUGGCAGGACUGAAGAAGCAGUUCAACAAGGCGAACCAGUUUAUGAGUGAGAAGAUAGGUGGAGCUAAAGGAACAGAGCUUGAUGAUGAAUUCAUUGAAAUGGAACGGAAAAUUGAUGUCACUGGGAAACUUGUGCAAGACCUCAGCGACAAAACAUCAGAAUUCCUUCAGCCGAAUCCAGGUCAUCGGUGCAUUACAUUUGGAGCAUCACGUGCAAAAAUGAUGACAGUAAAUACACUUGCAAAAAUCCGAGGCCAAUCAAAGAAUGCCACCUAUCCACAACCGGAAGGGAACCUUGGAGAUUGUAUGUCCAAAUAUGGUCGUGAACUUGGCGAUGACUCUUCAUUUGGGGUGUGUCUCGCUGAAGCUGGAGAGUCCUACAAACAACUGGCAGAUGUGAAAUAUUCACUAGAAGAUAAUGUGAAACAGAAUUUCCUGGACCCACUUCAUUACUUACAGACCAAAGAAUUGAAAGAAGUUAAUCACCACCGCAAGAAGCUGGAAGGCAGGAGGUUGGAUUACGAUUGUAAAAAGAGGAGACAAGUUAAAGGAGGAGGUUCAGGAGCAAGCAUUACAGAGGAUGAGAUUAGAAUGGCAGAGGAGAAGUUUGAAGAUUCCAAACAGCUUGCCGAGACUGCAAUGUUUAACCUUCUGCAGAAUGAUGUGGAGCAAGUGUCCCAAUUGACAUCAUUUGUCGAAUCCCAGUUAGAUUACCACCGUCAGGCCUCCGAGAUACUACAAACCUUGUUAGAGACACUGCAGGAAAAAGGUAACGAGGCAGCGAGUCGACCUAAAAGAGAGCAUAUUCCCAGACGAGCAACUUCCAAUGCAUCAUCAUACAAAGGAGACAAUGGAAGUAUCUCCUCUCCUUAUGAUAACAAUUCUAAUGGAGUAACUGAAGCAGCAGUAUUCAAGCCACAGUAUGAAUCUGCGGAGAAAUUCCCUUGCUGUAAAGCAUUGUACGACUUUGAACCUGAAAACGAGGGUGAACUAGGAUUUAAGGAAAAUGACGUCAUCAAAUUAACACAAAGAAUUGAUGAAAAUUGGUUUGAAGGAAGCAUAAAUGGAAAAUCUGGAUUCUUCCCUUGUAAUUACGUAGAAGUGGUCGUUGAUGUGUAAAACUUGUGACGUCACAUGUCAUGUGAUUGAUUCACAUCAAUUAUUCCAACAAAUUGUGAUGUACUGGAUUAGGCUUCUAGAAUGCAAAAAUGAUUAGGAUUAGCCGCAACACUUGGGAUUAUUUAAUGUGUAGUCUGUAUGGAAUCAAAUGAAUAUACAAAAUGAGUUUAAUACAGAACUUACGGAAUACAAUACAGUGUUGUCAUGUUUGGCUAUAUGGAGCCAUUUUGGACUAAAUAAAAUUGCAGAACUAUAUGGGAGACACAAAAUAUAGGCUGUAUGGAUCAAUAAAUAAUAACAUUCUUCUUUUGGCCAGUUAACCAUGUAGCCUUAGCCUUGGUUUUUGAAGGAAGGAAUUUUAUAUUCAUGAAUUCAAAAUUAAUCUUUCAACCAUGAACUUUCUAAAUAUUUGAAAAUUAUGGAGUGAAGUAUAAGAGUCAAUAUAUGAACCAGUGAAUAUAGAAAAUAUGCAAAUAACUUAUUAAUAAAGUGUGUUACGAAAGCCAGGGUCAUGUAUAUCAAAACUAUAUGAAUGUGUGUUCAAGUUGCUAUUUUUGAAGAUGCUAAAAUGUCAAAAGAUUUCCAUGGAGGUUAAUUACCAAAAAAUACUGGAAAGUAUUUUAUUUACAGAAUAGAAUCUAUUAUCUAUGUUUGUUUUGAAUUAAAUUAAUUGCUGUUUUGAAAAAAAGUCAUAUAAAUGUCACUACAGUGCAGUACAUGUAUAUAAGGAUUCACUAAACUACACACAAUUUGAAUAAUUUCCCACCGUUCCUUGGAACUUCAUGAAACAACCAAGUCCACCAUUGAAUUAAUGUGGAAGAUAUGGUAUAAUAAUAUAUGUACACACACUUGUCACAUACUACAUCGUACUAUAUACACUUUUAUAUGCAAACUCAUGAAAAUUAUAUGAAAGGACAGGCGCCUUUGAUUUCUACUUCAUAAAAUCAGAAUUAUGAAUCUUAGUCAUAGAUUUGAGACGAUGUUUCAAAUUUUCAUCGUUAUAUUGACUAAUUAGAGGAUUAUUUUAAAAUGGAAUAAUAUUAGUCAUGUACAGUAUAUGAGUAUGUUCAAAUGAAUGUACAGUUAGUCGUGUAGGAUAGUCAUGUAGAAUAGUCCUGUUUAUAGCUUUGUUAUGAUUAGAAUGCAUAAUAGUGUUCUUGAUUUUAUGUACUGUACAUACAAUCAAAAUUUGACCUACUUUAGCGUUUGGUCCCUGAAUGUAAAUAGGAUAUACAUUGUUACCAUAUAUGUAAAUGAUUGUAAAAUGAAUGAUAUCUUAUGUAUAGAACUAUAUACUCCUGUUAUAUGCUAUAAAUAUAAUAUAAAUAUAUAUAUACAAACUACCCAAAUGCUAUAGAAAAUGUGAAUUAAACUGAAGUGUUUUCUCAUUGAGCAUGGGCUAAUAGAUAUUCAUGUCUUGAAUGUUAUAAAUGUAUAAGCAAUAAUGCCUACUAACAUCCAAAUCAUGACUUUACAGUGUUAUAGUAAAUGCUUUUCCUAUUUGAGGCCUGUUUAAUGUGGAAUUGAAUCAACAUUAAUUUUCUCUGUUACUCUUGUUAUUGCAUGCAGCC